UUUUAUCGUCGUCGGUCACCUUUAUUCCGGCUGCAACAAACCCCUCUCCCCAUCUCCAUCGAUAAAACUGUGAAGGAGAAAGACGGAGCAGAAGCGACACAGAGAGACGGAGCUGCCGUGAAGGAGCUUUAAGAAUUCAGCUGAACUGAACCAUUUAUAGAGAAUGGAAAACGAAGAGGACCCGUUCAAGAGGCAGCAGAUUGUAGAUGCACGGGCAAGAAACAUUAGUCACAAUGUCCGCUGCUUGGAGUGUGGUGGUCAGUCCAUUGAAGAAUCGCAAGCUGAUAUUGCUAUUCUCCUCAGGAAGCUUAUUCGUGAUGAAAUCCGAUCUGGGAAAAGUGACAAAGAUAUCUAUAAUAAGCUUGAAGAGGAUUAUGGGGAAACAAUACUGUAUGCUCCAAAGUUUGAUUGGCAGACUGCAGGUUUCUGGCUGUCACCUCUUCUUAUAGCUGGGGUUGGUGGAGGCAUAUGGGCAUACAGCAGGCACAGGCAAAGAACUAAUGUGCACUUACUGGCUUUGAACCUUACUAGAGGAGUCCCAUUAACCCCUAAAGAAAAGGAAACCAUGAUGGAGAUCCUCAUCCCUCCUGCACCUCAAGGAAUUCGUCGUUUAUCUUCAUGGUGGAGACGUUUGCUUCCUCAAUGAAACAAAUUGAUUUCAUAUCUUCGGAAAAGAACACAGUCUUUAGUAUGGCAAAUAUGAGAGAUGCCUCCAUUUGGAUCAUGAUGGCUAUAUCAUAUGUAUUACUGGUAAAGGGAUGAAGUUGCUGACGAUAAGGAGAAUCCAAGUCAUUUGUAUCCCCAUUUAUGAUUUGAUAAUUAUCAUCUUGAACAGUAAUCCAGUUUGAUAGUUGUUGUCCUGAUUGAUUCAGUACCUGCUUUUGCUUUCUGGGUUCAUUACGUAAAUGGUGUUUGUUUGCUUAACGAGCUUAAUAAGACACAGAUGAAUUUUAUAUUUAAGCGAUUAGAUCCUGAACAUUUUCAGGACGAAUAAA